CUGUGCUCCUUGGUUCUAUUUGUUCCUCGGUCCAGCGCUGUCCUCACUUCUUCUCUCUUUAGUGUCCGCAGUGUUUGGUCAUCUCCUGUACUAUGUCCGCAGUCUCUGGUCAUCUCCUGUACUGUGUCCGCAGUCUCUGGUCAUCCCCUGUACUGUGUCCGCAGUCCCCUGUACUGUGUCCGCGCAGUCUCUGGUCAUCCCCUGUACUAUGUCCGCAGUCUCUGGACAUCCCCUGUGAUGUCCGCAGUCUCUGGUCAUCCCCUGUACUGUGUCCGCAGUCUCUGGUAAUCUCCUUUACUGUCUGCAGUCUCUGGUCAUCCCCUGCACUGUCUGCAGUCUCUAGUGUUCUGUACUCUGUCCACAGUCUCUGGUCAUUCCCUGUACUGUGUCCGCAGUCUCGGGUCAUUCCCUGUACUGUGUCCGCAGUCUCUGGUCAUUCCCUGUACUGUGUCUGCAGUCGCAGUCUCUGGUCAUUCCCUGUACUGUGUCCGCAGUCUCUGGUCAUUCCCUGUACUGUGUCCGCAGUGUCUGGUCAUCCCCUGUACUGUGUCCGCAGUCUCUGGCCAUCUCCUGUACUGUGAGCGCAGUCUCUGGUCAUCCCC